AUGUGGAUUCACCUAACGCUUCUGGCAGUGACUUUGGCCGUGCUAUGGGUGCGCAAACGUUACUCGUACUGGAAAGAGCGUGGCAUCCCGUAUUCCGAACCCAGUUUUCCAGUCGGCAACAUUCCUGGAAUGGGUCGGACGGAGCAUUUUUCAACACUGAUGCAGCGCUGUUACAAAGAUCUGAAGAGAAAAGGACCUAUCGGAGGAAUUUUCUUCUUCAUAAAUCCCGUUGCGCUGGCAAUGGACUUAGAUUUGAUUAAAACUGUGUUAGUGAAAGAUUUCCAGUACUUCCAUGACCGAUCAGCGUACUACAAUGAGAAAGACGAUCCUUUGUCGGCUCAUCUAUUUGCUAUAGAGGGCAAUAAGUGGAGAAAUUUAAGGAACAAGUUAACGCCUACGUUCUCGUCAGGAAAAAUGAAAAUGAUGUUUCCAACUAUCAUUGGAGUGGCCGAUGAAUUUUUGAAGCUGAUGAAAACUGAAGUGUCGAAAAACAAUGAAAUCGAAAUGAAGGAGAUUCUUGCCCGAUUUACGACUGAUGUGAUCGGAAAUUGCGCAUUCGGAUUGGAAUGCAACAGCCUCCACAACCCGGAAGCUGAGUUUAGACGCAUGGGACGAAAAAUAUUUGCAGUUCCUAAAGGUCGACUCCUUAAAGUUUUUAUCGCUCAACAGUUCCGUUCAAUGGCUCGAUCACUUCGGAUAGCUAUAACUGAUAAGGAAGUUUCUGACUUUUUCAUGGCUGCUGUUAAAGACACAGUCAAGUAUCGAGAAGAAAACAAAAUUGAAAGGAAUGAUUUUAUGAGCCUGCUGCUGAAACUUAAAAACGCAGAACCGUCGGACGAUUGUACUGCCCACAACAUUGACCCUAUGACUGUAGAGGAAAUCGCUGCACAAGCCUUUGUGUUCUUCUUGGCUGGCUUCGAAACGUCAUCGACAGCAUUGUCUUAUUGCUUAUAUGAACUGGCGCAAAAUACAGACCUUCAAAACAAGGCACGGAAAUGUGUUGCAGACGCUAUCAAAAAGCAUAGUUCAAUGACAUACGAGGCGAUGCAAGAUAUGCCAUACAUCGAUCAGUGUAUCAACGAAUCCCUUCGUAAAUACCCUCCUGUUCCCAACUUGACACGAACGGUUUCCAAGGACUACAAGCUCCCCAUCAGCGACGUUGUCCUCCAACAAGGCUCCACGCUUAUCGUACCGGUAUACGCCAUCCAGCACGAUCCCGAAUACUACCCCGAUCCGGAACGGUACGACCCGGAUCGCUUCGCGCCGGAUCAAGUGGCCAAACGAAAUCCGUACACUUUCCUGCCGUUCGGUGAAGGUCCACGAAUAUGCAUCGGCAUGCGAUUUGGCAUGAUGCAAGCUCGAGUCGGUUUGGCGUAUUUGAUGAAGGAUUUCAGGUUCACGCUGUCCACCAAGACUCCGGUUCCACUGAAAAUCUCCCCACGCAGUCCAAUUCUCGCAUCGGAAGGAGGAUUGUGGUUGAAAGUGGAGCAGCUGUAA